GUGUGUGAAGUUUGUGUUUGUGCGCGAUGGCUCUUCGAACAGUAAUAUCUUCGAAAUUACCCAUGGUGAUUAUAUUAGGUGCUACAGGAACAGGGAAAACUAAACUUAGUUUGGAAUUAGCUCAAAGAUAUGGAACAGAAAUAAUCAGUGCCGACUCAAUGCAAAUCUACAAAGGACUUGAUAUAGUGACAGCAAAGGCGUCGAAGACAGAACGAGAGCUGGUACCUCAUCAUCUAUUGGAUAUACUGGAACCGAAUCAGAACUUCACUGUUGUCGACUUUAGGAACAGAGCUCUUAAAAUUAUAGAAAAUUUAACACAGAAUGGUAAAAUACCCAUAAUAGUGGGCGGUACAAACUAUUACAUCGAGUCGAUUGUAUACAAAAUAUUAGUUGAAGACAUGGAUGACACGAAUGCUUUACUGUGGGAUUGUAGUAGACGCAAAAGAGACUUUGCCGACCAAGAUCCUGAAGGAAGUAAAAAAAUGAAAACUGAAACUGAUGAUGAAGAAAUAAAAAAUAAACAUGAUGCAACUAAUGAUGAAGACAAAAAAGAUGUUCAAAUCGAAGUAAGCAAAACAAAGAUUCAAGAAGCUGUUGACAAUGAAGCGAAAUUGACAAGUGAAGAAGUUCAUGAUAUAUUAAAAAGUAUUGAUCCUGUAAUGGCUUCGCGAUUGCAUCCUAAUAAUCGACGUAAAGUUUUGAGGUCAAUAGAAGUCUGGUUGAAAUCUGGUAGACGUCACAGCGAAGUUCUCGAUGAGCAGAAGUUGAGUGAGGGAGAGAUGAGGCGACCCGGGGCCACCAUCUUGUUUUGGCUGAAAUGUGAACAGACUAUUCAUGACGAGAGACUGAAUGCCAGAAUUGAUUCUAUGAUAGAGGAAGGUUUAAUAGAAGAAUUGUUAAGUUUCCAUGACAGACACAACAAGCAACGUAUACAAGAUGGAAAACCUCCAGAUUAUACCAAAGGCGUUUUCCAAACACUGGGUUUUAAAGAAUUUCACGAAUAUCUGAUUUUGCCAGAGGAAAAGAAGAACAGCGAUGAGGGGAAAAAAUUGCUAGAACAAAGUAUUGAAAAUAUGAAAAUUGGUACCAGAAGGUACGCAAGACGACAAAAUAAAAUGAUCCGAGGAAGGUUUUUACAGAUCCCCACAAGAGAGGUUCCUCCUAUAUUUGAAUUGGACACUACAGAUAUAAGCAAAUGGGACGAAGAAGUACUGAACAAAGCAAUAUGUGUUAUAGACAGCUUUAUGUCAAAUUCGUCUUGCAAAUAUGAACCACUAAAACCAAAAAUUAACGAAGAGAGGUUAACACUUAAUGGACAUUCGUCAAAUCACUGUGAUGUGUGUAAUAGACUUAUUAUAGGUGAUAAGGAAUAUGCUAUACAUCUAGCUUCCAAUAAACAUAGGAAAGUUCUAAAGAAAAAAGGCGAAUUGGCAGAAAAAGUAAGGGAACAACAAUCACUUUUAGACUGAGCUGUUUUAUUUAUGUAUAAUGUGCAAGUUUUUAUGUUCAAGUGUUAAAUGUUAAAAUUAAUAUAAAAAUAAAAUAAAAAACCAA